AUGUCUGACACACCACCUCCAGCAGGCCCCAGGCGCCCCAUCGCCCACAUUCUCGAUGCGCUUCAAUGUUCACUGGAUGCAUUCAACCGUCUUCUGUCAGAGCCACUGACAAAAGCAGAGCUGUUUAAAUGCCUUCACGAUGGCUCAGGGCUUCCGGACAAGGAAAUCUCGGCAAGCGCCGACAGAAUUGUGGACCUCCUUGGCUCGAUUGAACAUCUACUCGAACCUGGUGCUCUGAAACUCGCAGAUCAUUUUCUAGGAUAUUCGACCACAAAAUGCCUUGUUGCGGCGGUUGAACUCGGCAUUGCUGAUCACCUAAGCCACGGCCGUUUGAAGUUGACUGAGCUAGCCUCGGUGGCUCAGGCCAAGCCGAAUAGACUUGGUCAAAUUCUCAGGCCGCUGUAUACCAACAAUAUAUUCGCAUAUGACGAGUUGACUGGAGAAUAUGCGAACAAUCAUGUCUCGGAGCUCCUGAGAAGCGACCACUGGACACAAUGGCAUAACUGGGUGGACUUGUACGGUAACGAAUUUUACGAGAUCGCCACCGGGAUCCCGAAAGCUGUGAAGGAGGAUGGGCAGGCUCGCUGUGCUGCACAGGUUGUCUUUGACACCGAUGACAACAUGUUCACAUACUUUGACCGGCGUGGCUGGGUGCCACGACUCCAUCGGACCCUCGGUGGCGGUGCCAAUGCGAUGGCCCCGGGGAUACUGGAGGAUUAUCCCUGGCACGAGGUGGCGAACACCACUAUCAUGGACAUUGGAGGCGGUGGCGGAGCCUUGAUUGCUUCGCUUCUACGUGGUUUUCCGACCAUGAAAGGUGCUAUCUUUGACCUCCCCACAGUCAUUGACCACAUCGGUCCGUUCUUCGGGACUGGGGGCCAGUUCAACGACAUCGGAGCCCGUGUAACGGACCUGAUCGCCGGCGACUUCCUCAAAGAAGUGCCGCCUUUCGAUGCCUACACGAUGAAAUGGGUUUUACACGACUGGGACGACAGCCUAUCACUCCAAAUCCUGCGAAACAUAAGGACAGCCAUCAGGGUGGGGGUGGGAAGCCGGCUUGUCAUUCUCGAGUCUGUUCUGUCGGACCGAAGAAGCUCUAGGCUUUCGGUCUACGGCGACAUCAACAUGAUGAUGACAGCGAAUGGACAGGAACGCACAGAGUGGCAGUGGCGCACUCUCGCUGAAGCAAGCGGGUGGGUCAUGCACGGUAUCUUUCCGAUUCGUAACGCAUGGGUUCAAGCUAUUGACCUCCGACCAUGUGAACCUUUCCAAUCCAAGGAGCACAAUACCAUCGAUGGCCCACGACAGGAUUUGAAAGCUUGCGAUAAUGGCGAAAGAGCUCAAGAGCCUACCGAAGGAGAUCAUGCAAAGGAAUAG